UGCGCUUGAAUUCAGCGGAAGUUGUGGCUGGGGCGCGCAGGUUUGGCUAUAAAAGUUUGCAGUCCUGACAGGGAGCGCGCAGAUUAAGACAAAGUGGUUCGGAGUGAGAGCAGCCUGCAGCAGAAAUGGCACAAGCACUCGAGGUGGCUAGCACAGAUCUGCAGUAUCAGGUCAAUAACACGGCGCACAACACGGACAAUUUCGGCUUCAAGCGACUGAUUGUCAGACGGGGCAGUCACUUUACUAUCAUUGUGAACUUCACAUCGCGGGGCUACAAGCCACCAAGUGACCAGAUCUCCUUCAUCGUGGAAUCAGUUUUGGAGGCUGUGCAGGCAUCUGAAAAAGUUGAGUUUCAACUUUCAAGUUCACCAUCUGCAAACUCAUGGAAUGCUGCCCUCAAAAACAAUUUUGGAAAUCAGCUGACCUUGUCCAUGUGUUCACCGCCCAACAGUAAGGUCGGACGCUUCUCCUUGAAGAUGGUGUGCACAACACAGGGUCAUUCCAGUCAGUUUCAACUGGGAGAAUUCAUCCUCCUCUUCAACCCCUGGUGCUCAGAUGACUCUGUCUUCCAGCCUUCUGAGGAUCAGCGCAGGGAAUAUGUGCUGAAUGAUCAGGGGGUGAUAUUUAUCGGAUCACAUAAGAACAUUGACUGGAGAGCCUGGAAUUUUGGGCAGUUUGAAGAUCGUAUUUUGGAUAGUUGCCUGAAAGUCUUGGACAACAGCAAAAACUGCCUGGAAAAUCCAAAGGAAGACUGCUCCAAACGAGGUGAUCCCACUUACGUCAGUAGGAUCGUGUCUGCGAUGGUGAAUUCCAAUGAUGAUAAGGGAAUACUGACGGGUAAGUGGGAUGGUAACUAUUCAGAUGGAAUAUCUCCAGCAUCAUGGAAUGGAAGUGUUGCGAUUCUCCACCGAUGGAAUGACUCAGGUUGUAAUCCUGUCCGCUAUGGCCAAUGUUGGGUGUUUGCUGCUGUGUCCUGUACAGUUUUAAGAUGUUUAGGAAUUCCAACCCGGCUCAUCACGAAUUUCAACUCAGCACAUGAUAAGGAGAAAGAUUUAAGAAUUGACAACUUCAGUGAUAUGAGGGGAAGAUCUGUGAACCCGACAAAGGAUAGCAUCUGGAACUUCCAUUGUUGGGUGGAGUGCUGGAUGAAGCGUCCUGAUCUGAAGCCAGGCUAUGAUGGUUGGCAAGCUUUGGACCCCACUCCACAGGAGAGGAGUGACGGGGUGUACUGCUGUGGUCCUUCCUCGCUCAAAGCUAUUAAAAAUGGAGACGUUGAUCUGAACUUUGAUACUCCAUUUGUCUUUGCUGAAGUCAAUGCAGACUCCGUGUCAUGGCUGGUCUAUGACGACGGCACAAGGAAACAGAUUAAAGUUGACUCUCGUCUAGUUGGUCAGUAUAUCAGCACAAAGGCAGUGGGAAGUGAUGAGCGUGAAGAUGUUACGCACAAUUACAAGUAUCCAGAAGGUUCUGAUGAAGAAAGGCGUGUUUACAACAAAGCAAGCAAGUUGGCCAACAUGCCCAAUGAGUCGAAUGAACCAUUCACUAUAAAACUGAAUGCCAAGAGGUCCUGUAAGAAUGGGAGUGAUUUUGAAGCCUCUGCGGUUGUCACGAAUUCAUCCUCAGUGAAAAAGAAUUGCAGGCUCUUGCUCUGUGCCCAGACCAUCGCGUACAAUGGGAAACCGUAUAGAGAAUGUGGUUGGAAGGAUCUGGAGAACUUCACAACUGAACCUCGAGAAGCAAAGACUGAGACCUUUCAGGUGCGUUACGCAGACUACAGCAAGUCCCUAGUAGACUACAACCAGAUAUUGGUCACAGCCCUUGUGAUUGAGUAUGACAGUAACAAAGUACAGGUUGCCAAAAAAGUGAUCACAGUACAGAAUCCAGAACUGCAAAUUAAGAUCAUCGGAGAGCCAGUGCAGUACCGAGAAUUGGAGGCAGAAAUUUCCUUGACCAACCCGCUGCCAGAGAAUCUGUGUGAUGGUAUCUUCCUGGUAGAGGGAGCAGGUCUCACCGAGGAGCAGAGACUUCCGUGCCCGGUUCAGUCCAUUAAGCCACACCAGGAGGUGAAGAUAAGGGCUAAAUUUUCCCCUCAGAGAUCAGGCCUGCGGAAAAUGCUUGCGUAUUUCUACUGUGACAGGCUGAAUAACGUAAAGGGGGUGAAAAACGUCAUCAUUAUACCCUAUAAAUAAGCCUGGCACCCGGAAUGAAAGGAGUGAUGCGUCUGACACUGUGCCUUUAAAAAUAAGCAGAGGCGUUGUCUCCUUAAAAAAAUACUGCAAUAAAGAAUGAUCUUUGAAUGAUAAAGUGAACCACUGCUGUGCAGUCUUGUUCCAGCUUUCUUCUCAUUCGAAGAAGGAACAAGACUUGAUGCUUUUAGUGUAGUGAUUUGUGGGGUGAUGGGGUGUGGCGAAGGAAAGAAACCCAAUAAAACUUCAGAACGCCUGUUAGGUGAUUUUUCUCCCAUGCUCUCCCUUUUGAUCGGCUGCGACGUCCUGUCAGAUAGAAGACCUGCAACACAAGGUCCCCCAAGAAAAGGCAAAAGCUUGUUGGGAAGUGAGAGAGACUUCAGCGAGGGCGGGGUGAGCUGUGGUCAAGUAGUACAGUGGAGAAAUCCACGGAUUGGGGCCGGAUCGGACAUUGUAUUUCCAUCAUUUUAUUUGGGAUUCCCAGUAUCUGCAGUUGUUUCAUUUUGUGGUCAGGAGAGUUUUCUAGAAUGUACACCGAGAGCUGCUGUAACAUAAGAAUUAUACAGAGCACUUCAACCUUCUUGUUCAUAUGGUGUUUCUAUCUUCCCCAUUAAUCAUGUCCACAUAAUCUUCUGUUCUUUGCUUAUCUCUGCUUUGGUGCCUUUAAACGAAGCCAAAAUAUAUUGUGAGCUGUUUACCUUUAUCUCAGGAAGGAUGAAUAUGGUCAGGGAAUGGGAAUGGGGGUUUAGUUCUUUUGAUGGCGUCUGGAAUGCAUUGCCGCUGACGCUGAGCUUGAUUGCAGCCCAGUAAUAUUCCCCUGCCUUCUAACCAAAGACGUCAAACCUGUGGUCUCUGUAUCUUUGUCCUGUGUUUCCUCCUUUGUGUUCCAUUUAACACAUAACUCAUCGAGAGGAUGGAGUCCCAGAUUUCAUUAGCUACCACUGCCCUGUGUUUAUGGACCUUUUUGCACAUGAGGCAACAGUUACUGAUCAACAUCUCUGCAACUGCAUUAUAGAGAUCAUUUAAAAUGUUAGAACAAUCAAAGACUGGGUCAAGGCAAUUCAUAGCACUAAUACCAAUUUAGGAACGUUAACACUGAACCAAUUGUUCAGAAUUAAAUCAGUAGCAAUCAUCUUACUUUAGCAGAGUAGACUCAAUGGGCCAAAUGGCCUAAUUUUGCUCCCAUGUCUUAUGGAAUUUUAUUCCAGGUCUAACCCAUUGGCCUGAGCAUAUAGUGAAAUUCAGCACAUUAGCACAAUGCGAAAAGCUGGGGCACUAUUUGGAAAUGCUGUCAUUAAACCUUGGUCAUUUCUUACGUUACUGUUUGUGUAACAGUAGUGUGUCCAAAGAAUGCUGCGGUUCUUUACAUUAUAUCAGUCACUGUUCAUUGGGUUCAUAUUUUUGGGCUGUGAAGUGUGUUAGGGUGUCCUGAGUUUGUAGAAGUUGAGGUGUAAGUACAAAUCCCUUCUUUCAAUCAGUUUCAGAAACUGCCCUAUAUCCACCUUUGGAAUGUUAAUUAAGGAUGAGAAUUAUGUUUCUAUAUGUUUUAUUGGGAAUAGCAAUUUCUAUAUCUGAUGUAAAUCUAAGUUUUAACUUGGCAAAGUCUUUGUAAGCCAUUCUGUUUAUUGGAUGUUUUUCUGUCUUCUUCAUCAUAAACAUUUUUAAAACAUCAUAAUGGAGUUUUGCUAAUUUUGCAGUCAAUAAAGUCUCUUACAAAGAGUA